AUGGCUGGCUUCAGUGAGAAGGAAGAGGCUUUGGUCAAAAGCUCAUGGGAGGAUUUGACCAAAAAUUUUCCCGAAUAUAGCUUUUAUUUCUUCACCCAGUUAGUGCAGACUGCACCUGCGGUGAAAGAAUUGUUCCCUUUCUUGAAAGGUUCGAGUGAAGUUCCCAAAAAUAAUCCUCAGCUAGAAGCCCAAGCCUUGAAGGUUUUUAAGCUGACUUUUGACUCAGCAAUUCAACUGAGAGAGAAAGGAGAGGUUGCCAUAGCAGAUCCAACAUUAAAGCAGUUGAGUUCUGUACAUGUCCAGAAAGGAGUCACUGAGCCCCAUUUUGAGGUGGUGAAAGAGGCACUGCUUAAAACAGUAAAGGAAGCAGCAGGAGCAAAGUGGAGUGAAGAUUUGAACAAUGCAUGGGUUAAAGCAUAUGAUGGGGUGGCAGCUUUAAUUAAGAAGGGAAUGAAAUAAAUAUAGUGUUGAUGACACAAUACUCAAAUAAGCUUUUAUCAUAUAUACGUAUACAAAAAACAACUUAUUA